GACGGGGCCUCGCGCCGUCUGUUGCUUCCUGGACGCGCGCGCACGCACGCUAUAAAAACUGCAGUGAAAAGGUUAGCAUCGGAGGCUAAACGUUCUGAGGGAAGAGAAGAAAAGAUGGGGCGGGAUUUUUUGAGUUUGUUGUUAGUUGCGUCCGAGGAAACAGCGGCUUAAAUUACGGUUCUAAUUUACAAGUCAAACAAAAUAAAAGCUAAAGAGAGAGGUGGGAGAGAGGGCGGAGUGGUGAGAGUUUAACCCGGGAAAAUUAGGCUGUGAGGCGGCAGUAAUGCUUCACUUUCCCCCGCUGCCUCUCACUUUACCUCAGAGUCUCCAUCAACUCCACCGCGGAUCAUUUCACCUUUUUUUUCAAAUUUUUUUUUUAAGCCUCGAAAUUAGUUUUAAUUUUACUUCAAAACUUUAAAGUAACAGCCUACACUGUAAAUCUAAGGAUUUUAGAGCAUAUACGCAAAAAUUGGUCAAGGAUUCACAAAAGAAAAUCGUGACUUUCUUUCUUCAAGACUCUUGCAGUGGUGUGUUGGACAGAAGAAGGAGAAAGGAUGACGGAGGGUUGAGUUUAUUCUCAGCUGAUUGUUCAGUCCUGAUCAAGCAGAAAAAAACACUGAGGUGUCGCAGUUCUGUAUACGUAAGCACUGAGGGGAUAAAAUGGCGACAGGCGGAGCUCCGUUUGAUGACUGUGCAGAAGAACAGGAGCUGCACAACUGGACCAUUAGCAAUGGCAGCCUGGAUGACCAGCUCAAUAAUAUGCAGAAAAAGGCGAACCGGACAUCGGAGAAGAACAGGAAGAAGCUCUCUGCCGUGUCCGAGAGCCGUCUGACCAACGACAUCUCUCCGGAGUCGACACCAGGGGCGGGGCGCAGGCGAGCGAGAACGCCGCACUCCUUCCCUCACGUGAAGUACGCUACGCAGAUGUCCGUUCCCGAUCAGGCCGAGCUCGACCGACUGCGGCAGCGCAUCAACUUCACCGACCUGGACGAGAGGAGCAUUGGAAGCGACUCCCAGGGCCGCGUCACCGCAGCCAACAACCAGCGGCAGCUUUCCUCCGAGCCCAGGAAACCCUUCAACUUUCUCCCGCUGCACGUCAACACUAACAAAAGCAGGGAUUCUUCUGCUUCUGCCCCGCCUGCUACCACUACAGGGGGUAAAGAAGCUAAGAAGCAGAGCCCAGGGAAGGAGCUGUUUGCUCCGGUGCCCGUCAUACCUGUCGCACCUGUUAAAGAACCGUACGGAGUCGAGAGAACCUCAGGACGCCCUGUGGUGGACGGGAGAGGAGAACUGGCUAUCGACAGCAGCCAGGUGGUCAGUAAGCUGGUGCAGAUCCGUGAGUACAUCAGCAGAGCCAGCUCUAUGAGGGACGACCUGCUGGAGAAGAACGACGUUCCGGCUAACGUCGAGCGCCUCUCUCACCUCAUCACACACCUGAAGGAGCAGGAGAAGUCUUACUUGCGCUUUCUACAGAAGAUGCUGGCGAGAGAGAACGAGGAGGAGGAGGAGGACGAAGGUGCCACGGUGGACUCAGCGGUGUGUUCGGGCUCGAUGGCCGAGAGCGCGUCUCUGAACUUAGAGCCUCGUUCAGAAGCCGCAGACCCCACCUGUUACCGGGUCGGGGGUCAGCAGAAGGAGGAGUUGGAGAACCUGCGCAAGCAGCACGAGCUCCUGCAGAAGAUGCUGCAGCAGCAGGAGGAGCUGCGAGAGCUGCAGAACCGGCAGGCUGCCCUGCUCACCAUGCAGAACCGAGCUGAACAUGCCAUGGACGACACUGUUGUAACAGAGACUACAGGAAGUGUGUCAGGUGUCAGCAUCACUUCAGAACUCAAUGAUGAACUCAACGACCUCAUUCGACGCUUCCACAACCAACUGCACGACACUCAGUCUCAGGCAGUGCCUGAUAACCGGCGUCAGGCUGAGAGUCUGUCUCUGUCUAGAGAGGUGUCCCGAUCUCGUUCUGCCCACAGUCCUCGGGGGCAGCAAACACUUAGCGCUGCCGGUGCUGCUGCUGCUGUUUCCACCUCCUCUGCUAGCGCCAAGCUCACCAAACUACAGGAGCUCCAGGACAAGAAGCAGACGAUGGACAAAAUCCUGCAGGAGCUUCAUUCACUCCGAGACCAGACGCUGAACAACAGCUCCUGCCGUGGUGCAUCUCAGCGAGUUUCUGAGCGUCCCACGGCAUCAGGCCGAGAGGCGAGCGGCGUGUCUGUAGCAAGACAGGAGUCUUCAUCUUAUGACGAUGAAGGAAAUCCAGCUGAAAAACUGAGGAAGCUGAAGGAGGUGCAUAAGCGGCUGAACGAGCUAAGAGAGCUGGUUCAGUACUACGAGCAGACGUCCGACAUGAUGGUGGACACGGUGAAUGAGAACGUUAACGAAGACGAGGAGGACGAGACGGAGGACGGAUCGCUCUUCGAAGCCAUGUUCGAUUCGGAACAGGAGAACCGAGAACCCAUCACUAACAUCAGAAAUCCUGCUCAGCCUCAGUCUGCAUCUAACUGGAUGGACAUGAACACACUGACGAACGCCUGCAGCAGCUCCAACAACAGAAUCAGCCGGCUGAACUCUCAGUGUGAGGUCAACAACCGCUCGGCCACUAACCUGCGCAGCCUCAACGUCCCCUCUGCGAUAGAGUGCCAGUAUAACCGAGACGGCUCCUACAACGGCGCAAAGCACGGGAACGGAGAUGAAGACGACGCUGACGCCGAGGAGGAAAGCGGGGCGGGGCGAGGAAGAAGAGACAGCUCCGGUUCCGGAUCCAGUCAGGGUAGCAGCAUUGCGGACGACGCGGCGUUCGCUCAGAAAGUCCACCGUCUCCAAACGGCCAAGCAGAAACUGCAGCAGCUCCGUGACCUGGUCGCCAUGGUGCAGAGCGAUGACACGGACACCACAGCAGCCAACGAGGAUGAAGGAUUGCAGCAGCAACCCAACAACACCAGACUGACUGCACCUAAAGCCAAGAGAGAACUUGGACUCUCUGACAAGGCCAGGGAGAAGCUGUAUGAGGAGAAGCUGAGGCAGCAGCAGCAGGAGCUGAAGCAGCUUCAUGAGGAGAGACAGAGACUGAUGGAGAUCCAGGGCAAAAUCCAGGACCUUCAGUGGGCCUGUCCUGAUCUACAGUCGUCGAUGUCGAGUGCGGCGAGUGGUGUGGCGGCGACGACAAUGAUGAAGAAGCUCCCUGCUGCAGCUUCCACUCCCGCUGUUGCACCGUCUACGUCAGCCAAGAGUAACACCGCCGUGCUGAAACACACCACCGAGCCCGCGCCCGUCACCAUCACCGACAACGAGUUGUGGUCAGAGAUGCGUAGACACCAGGUGCUGCGUGAGGAACUGAGGCAGAGACGGAAACAUCUGGAAAGUCUGAUGGCCGAGCAGCAGAGGAGGAGUGACGCGGACCCUAUUCAGAGCUUCACCCAGGAUGACCGGACCAUGGCGACGUGGGGUGGCUCCACUCAGUGUCCACUGGGCGAGGAGGAGGACGAUGAAGAUUACCCAUCUGAGCCUGGCGCGCAAGAAGACGAGGAUGAGGAUGAAGAAGACGGAGCAGAGUCGAGCUCCAGCGAUGAGCCGCAUUCGUACUCUAACAGAAAACCUGGUGGCAGCAGUGGCAAGAACAGGGAUAGUGUAAAGGGUUCAUCUCCACGCUGCAGCAGAUCUCGGCCUCGUUCCAAUCCCAGAGGGGCAAAGAGGCAGGAGAACCUGCGCUGGGCCGCUGACCUGUCAGCCUCAGAGAGCGCCACUCACACACACGCACACACUCACACACACUGGCAGGAGCAGGCCACACAGCUGCAGAGACAGCUGGACUUCAGCACAGCCAUGUGUCAGAUGCUGCUGCAGGACCAGCAGACUCUGUCAUGCAUGCUGCAGUCAAUGUUGACAGCACCGUAUAACGUGUUGCCAAAUAACCUGGGCUCACCACAGGUGCCCCUCAUCAUGCACCAGCUCAAUCAGUGUUACACACAACUCGCCUGGCAACAGAACAACAUCAACAGGUACAGGUUGAAGCAAACUCUCAAUGACCUCCUUCGGCAACAGCAGCAGGCACCGUCAUGGCAACAGCAGCAUCCGAACGUAGCGCAGGUGGAUUCCGUCUCUCCUUCGCCAUUCCUGCCCUUCCCUCCCAUCAGCACGCUCGGCAUGAACAACUUUUCCCCUCUCGCCACUGGUUUUAAUCUGUCUCCCAUGUUCCCGCCAGCGGGUUCAGAGACUCAGCAGGCGUCAGGAGCUCAGGCCAGCCCGGAUCAGCACCCCGACCCCAACAUGUCCCUUAAAACCGAGUAUCUGAGCUUCCCGCCCCCGCUGCAGAGGACCCCGCUCAACAACGCUCACACACGCUCUCAGGAUGAGUCUAAAAACUCCAGCUGGAUGAACUCCUCCCUGAACAGGAACAGGACACGUGACCAAGAACGGCUGGACUCUCAUGAUUCCCUGAGCAGCGUGCCUGACUGCGUCGACCCCUCCACCGUCACCAAGAGCUUCAGACCCGGGCGCAAAGCCUCGGCUCAGGCCAGCCUUGCCUCCAGAGACAAAACGCCAAAGAACCGUCGCAGGAGGGGCAAGAACCACAACAACGCAGGUUUGGACAGUGACAGCGUUUCGAGCACCACAGAGCUUGGUCAUGAGCGCGAAAAGGAGAGAGAGAGAGAACGAGAACGAGAGCGCUCGUCUCAGCCAAGAACCCGGGAUUCGGACCAGAGCCUCCUGGACAAGCUUACCCAGGAGAAACUGGACAGCAAGACCAACAAGCACAACGAUGUCUCCUCAGCAGCGUAUGCAUGGAGAACCCCCUUCCUCUCUAACCAAAUCGCAUGCACCGAAGCUCCAGACGGCAGCAGUGACUUCUCUCUGUUCGAGGCUCUGAGGGAGACCAUCUACUCGGAGGUGGCCACUCUGAUCUCACAGAAUGAGUCUCGUCCUCACUUCCUCAUUGAGCUCUUCCACGAACUGCAGCUUCUCAACACCGACUACCUUCGCCAGAGGGCGCUCUACUCACUGCAGGAUAUUGUAACCAGGCACCUGACUGAGAAGAGCGUUGCCGAGGAGCCGGGGUCGUCGCUAGGGCCGGGGUCACAGUCUGAACUCACUCCCAGCGAGAGUCUCGCCACUACUGACAACGACGCAUCUGAGAAGGACGUGAGGGUGAAGGUCGGCUCCAGAAGGAAGACAGCUUUGGAGGGAGACUCUGUGGACAGCGAGAGCCUGUUGUCUACGUCUUCGAACCUGGAGCCGUUCGCCAGCGAUGACCUGGGUAACACAGUGAUUCAUUUAGAUAAAGCUCUGGUGCGAAUGCGGGAGUUUGAGCGAAUGAAAUUAAAGGCUGGGUUUCUUCCUCCUGCUCCUCCUCCUCCUCCUGUUCCUCCUGCUGCAGUCUCUACAGCGCCCCCUGUCUGUAAUCCUGAGCUUCCCACUGUUACCACUGCUACUGCUGGUGGUGGUCCAGCGCUUAACCAAGGUCAGGACAUACGUUGCCCUCAGAUUGAUACACAGCAGUUGGACAGACAGAUCAAAGCAAUCAUGACGGAGGUCAUUCCCUUCCUGAAGGAGCACAUGGGUGAGGUGUGUUCUCCGCAACUCCUGACAUCGGUGAGGCGCAUGGUGCUGAUGCUGACUCAGCAAAACCACCACAGCCGAGAGUUUAUGCGCUUCUUCCACAAACAACUCGGGGGUAUCCUGCAGGAGUCCCUGAAUAAGUUUGUUGGCCGCACGCUGCAGAACUGUGGUGAGGAUCUCCUGGUGGAGAUCUCGGAGAUCCUCUUUAACGAGCUCGCCUUCUUCAGGCUCAUGCAGGACCUGGACCAGAACACACACCGCGCCAAGAGACUCACACAGACCACGCCCACUAAACACACACCUUCCACCCAGGGGAAGAAGUCUGAAGGGGAAAAGACCUUCUCACCUUCGUACUUUGACGAAGAUAAAGACCGGGACGAGACGGAGCAGGGACGGACGAGUCUAUGCCUCGAGGUAGAGACAGAGCGAACAGAUGAGAAACGGAGCCAGGACGCCUCAGAGGCGGAGGAGGAGGAAGAUGAAGAGGAAGAAGACGAACUGCCGAUAUCUAUAAGCUUGUCCAAAGCGGAGACACAGGCGUUGAAUAACUACGGUAGCGGUGAGGAUGAGAACGAGGUUGAGGAGGUUGAGGAGUUUGAGGACGGAUCUGUGGAAGUGCAGACGUCCCUGCAGGCCUCAGACAACACCGCAGAACCCUCACAGUGUACUGGAGUUUCACUAAACGGAGCUGCGCAGGAGAUCAAGUCAGACCACGAGAGCACAGAAAGUACUGAAGUGCAGAGCUCCAAGUCAGAGUGUAUAGAGGUGACUGAGGACGAGCGAGACGCCGAAGCCACGCACACACUCAACAUGGACGAGUCUGCUGUCCCUCUUGCCCCGCCCUCACAGGACAGUCCUCGUGGCUCCACCACGGCCAGCCCUCAGACCGACUCACCUGUUCUGGUUAACGCAGAUGAGGUGGGGUCUGGAAACACCAGUCAGAAAUCUGAUGAGGAGGAUUUUGUGAAGGUUGAAGACCUGCCAGUGCAGCUCUCAGUGAUGUGUGAGGAGGAGCUGUGUAAGCAGAUCUUAGAGGAACAGAGGAGCAAUAACCUGAGGAGUGAGCUGCUGAACGGAAAUACAGAGGGGCUGAGUGGACUUGUGGGUAAUGCGCACGCUCUCAAAGAGCCUGAACCCGUCGGAGCCCAGACUGCAUGAAGACGGCGGAUUUUAAUCUCCAGGUCCCGACACUACAGCAUCAUAUUUAUCAUAACGUGCUUUAUUUUAUUCUGGUGUGAUUUUAAAUCACUACAGAGAAGUAAUUACACUCACUCGAGUUCAGCCCGAGCCUCGCUGACGUUCUUGCCGUUCAUCGAUCUGGAAUUUAAUCUGCUGGUUUAUUUGAGAAGAAACACUGUAAUCCUUACGUAAGUUUUAUGUUGAACUCUGUAACUUGGUGCCUCCUGUUCGCUUCUUAAAGCUGAGCCUCACACUGGAAACGUUCAGCCAUGAACAUGGUGUUAUUGUUUUGUUUUCUUUUUGUUUUUUCUCUCUUGCCUUCUGUAAGGUCUCAGAGCCUCGUCCUCCUCUUCUUCCUCCUCCUCCUCCUCCUUAUGCACUUUGCGCCCCAGACACAGUUUAUAGUUUAGAGUAUCUCAGAUACGAGGUAUUCAACAUCAGCUAAUAUAAGAUUUAAAACACUUCUUUAAUUUGGGUUAAACCCUUUCUGAGAGGACCCGUGAGCGCAGAUCUCCGCCUUUCUCUCCUCCUUCCUCCAGGGGGCGUAUUUCAGCCUUAACGCAUUCUUUUAAUGCUUCCCUCCCCCCUCUUGUUCUCAUUUUCGCUUUAAGUCUUUUCCCCAGUUUAAAUGCUUGGUACUCUGAAUAUGUUUGUUGGGUUUAAUUGUCAAUGGAAGGUUUUAAGGUAACAAAUAAAACGUUCAUUUUUACUUUGUCCCUCACAAA